GCAUAUCUGAGCAGGCCGUUCACUUUGGAGCCAAAGAACGCAGGGAAGAAAAUGGGUUCCGCAAUUCGGUUUUUUGAGUUGAACACCGGCGCCAAGAUGCCUUCUGUAGGCUUAGGCACUUAUCGCUCCGAUACUCAUCUCGUCGGCGACGUCCUCACCUCUGCAGUUAAGAUGGGAUAUCGCCAUAUUGACUGUGCCCAGAUGUACGGCAAUGAGAAGGAAAUUGGUGAUGCUUUGAAGAAGCUCUCUAAUGAUGGGAUAGUGAAGCGUGAGGACUUAUGGAUCACUUCCAAACUCUGGUGUACUGAUCAUGAACCAGAAGAUGUACCAAAAGCCUUUGAUAAAACUUUGCAAGAUUUGCAACUUGAUUAUCUGGAUCUUUAUCUUAUGCAUUGGCCGGUCAGUAUGAAAAAGGGGUCAGUCGGUUCUGAUCCUGAAAACUUCACCACACCUAAUAUACCGAGUACAUGGAAAGCAAUGGAGGCACUCUAUGAUUCAGGCAAGGCCAGGGCUAUUGGAGUCAGCAAUUUUUCUGCAAAGAAGCUUGGAGAUCUGUUAGAGGUAUCACAAAUACCUCCAGCGGUUAAUCAAGUGGAGUUGCACCCUCAAUGGCAGCAAGUUGAGUUGCAUAACUUCUGUAAAUCAAAGGGAAUUCACUUAACUGGAUAUGCACCAUUGGGAAGGACAAAGGUCCUUGAGCUUUCUAUUGUGAAUAUGGUGGCCGAAAAAUUGGGAAAGACUCCUGCACAAGUAGUUCUUCGGUGGGGGCUACAAAUGGGUCACAGUUUAGUGCCUAAGAGUACACAUCAGAAGAGGAUUCAGGAAAAUUUCAAUAUUUUCGAUUGGUCUAUACCUGAUGACUUGUUUGCCAAGUUUUCCGAUAUCGAGCAGGAGAGGCUGCUUAAAGGUACUGCAUUCGUCCACAAGACUCAUGGUUUUUACAAGACCAUUGAGGAACUCUGGGAUGGAGAGUAG